CCUAAUUGUUGUGAUAAACUUAUUAAAUAGUUUGGAAUGAUCGGCGGGGUGUUUGUGUACAACCACAAGGGGGAGAUCCUCAUCUCACGAAUGUUCCGAAAUGACAUCGGCCGCAGUGCAGUAGAUGCGUUCCGAGUGCACGUUAUCCAUGCGCGACAGCAGGUCAAGUCUCCCGUCAACAGCAUCGCACGCACCACUUUCUUCCACACCAGACUAGGCAAUAUCUGGAUUGCAGCUGUUACAAAACAGAACGUCAAUGGUGCUCUAGUGUUUGAGUUCAUCCACAAGUUCAAACUGCUCAUGACGUCAUACUUUGGGAAGAUCACAGAAGACAACAUUAAGAACAACUUUGUGUUGAUUUAUGAGUUGCUAGAUGAAGUGCUGGAUUACGGGUAUCCUCAGAAUACAGACAGUGGAAUAUUGAAAACGUUCAUUACACAGCAAGGCAUCAAGACUACGACGCGAGAGGAGUCGACUCAGAUCACGUCUCAGGUGACAGGGCAGAUUGCGUGGAGGAGAGAGGGCAUCAAGUACAGGAGAAACGAACUGUUCCUGGAUGUCCUGGAGAACGUCAAUCUACUCAUGUCCGCACAAGGUCAAGUGUUGAGUUCGCACGUGGCUGGUCGGGUGGUGAUGAAGAGCUUUCUCUCUGGAAUGCCCGAGUGCAAAUUCGGACUGAACGACAAGAUCACUAUGGAAAAACAGAACAACCAAGCCAAACCAGACGACACUAAAGGAACUGCCAACAAGUCCAGCAUAGCCAUAGACGACUGCACUUUCCACCAGUGCGUGAAGCUAUCUAAAUUCGAGUCGGAAAGAGCGAUCAGUUUCAUACCCCCAGACGGAGAGUACGAGUUAAUGAAGUACAGGACUACGAAUGACAUUGCACUCCCUUUUAGAGUGCACCCUAUGGUCACUGAAAGAGACAAGAAGCACGCGAUGGAUUAUAAAGUGAUUCUGAAGUCCAACUUCAAACCGGCAAUUCAGGCACAGAAGAUUGAGGUGAAGAUUCCGAUUCCGCCCAAUGCGACGAAUGUGCAGCUUAUCUGCAUGAAGGGACGUGCCAAGUACAAGUCAGGAGAGAACAUCAUCUCCUGGAAGAUCAAAAGGAUGGGCGGGAGUAAAGACGCAACCCUGACUGCAGACGUCGAGUUCAUGGACUCCAAGGACAGAAAGAAGUGGACCAGACCUCCCAUCUCUAUGAACUUCGAGGUUCCGUUUGCCCCUAGUGGCUUGAAGGUGCGGUAUCUGAAGGUGUUUGAGCCCAAGUUGAACUACAGCGACCACGAGACUGUCAAGUGGGUCAGGUACAUUGGCAAGAGUGGAAUCUACGAGACCAGGAUCUAAACUAGCAAGCCAUCAUCAUUCCUUCUCUCUUCAUUAAAUGGCUCAUUGGCUCAGAGCACACCUGACAAAUCCCCACAAUUGGACUAGUUUGAGUCUCUUUCUUAAGAGUACUUGCGCAAAUAGUCGACAAUUAUAAAUUGUGGGUCGCGGGGUCUCUCAGAUACCGCGUGU